CCGUCUCUCUGGAUGUGGAUAUCAACCGCAGUGGCAAAGUGGAGGGGGCAGGGGACAAAAACAAGAAAGACUGGAUCUGGGGCUCCGGAGGCUGGGGUGCCAUCCUGCUUGUGAACUGCAGCUUUGCGGAGGCAGAUCAGGAUGUGGACAAUACGUCACCAGUGCUCUCAAACGAAAUUAAGAAUUUAUCUCCAAUGAUACUGACCGUCCAAGGACCCAGUUGCAUCUUAAGAAACUACAGCUUGGUUCUGCACACCACCUUGAAAGAGACGGAGAAGGCGAGGGUCUUCCAGCUCCAGAGGGAGGAGGGGGAGUUUGAGCGUAACACCUGUGAGCUGGUGCUUGGUCCUAGGAAGCCCAAAUAUACUUUGCCUGGCCCGCUGGAGGACAACUUGAAGAAGACCUUCUAUGUGGAAGCUCUCCAGUUCCCCUCUGCUGACUUCUCGGGCCUGAUCUCCUACUCUGUCUCCCUGCUGGAGAUUUCUCAAGACCCGGCAAUCCCACAGGCCCUGGUGUGUAGAGACACGGUGGCGUUCCGGGUGGCCCCUUGCAUCUUCACCCCCAGCACCCAGAUGCCUCUGGAAGUCUACCUGUGUAGAGAACUUCAACUCAAAGGCUUUGUGGACACAGUGAUAGAGCUGAGCCGUGAGAACAAAAUCCAGGUGGCAUCUGUCUAUGAGGUCCAUGCCCGCCUGGGGAAGUGGCUUCAGGAUGAAAUAGCCUUCUGCUACACCAGGGCGCCCCAUAAAACCAUGUCCUUUGUCCUUGACACCCCUCGAGCCAUCGACUUGAAAGAGUUCCCCAUGAAAUGCGCUCUGAGCCCUGGGAUUGGCUAUGUGCUGCAGCCAGCCACGGACCAGCGGAUAGCCAGCAUGGAUUCUGUUGGGAGCCUGAUGGUGUCUCCGCCUGUCAAGGUAUCCGGCAAGGAAUACCCCCUGGGCAGGGUCCUCAUUGGCAGCAGCUUCUACCCCAGCAAGGAGGCCCGGGACGUGAGCAGCGGUCUGCGGGCCUUCCUGUUCGCCCAGCAAGUCCAGGCCCCCGUGGAGCUGUUCUCAGACUGGCUGAUGAGCGGACACAUGGAUGAAUUCAUGUGCUUCGUCCCCGCUCGUGACAGAAGCGGGGAAGGGAAGAACUUCUGGCUGCUUCUGGCCAGCCCCAGCUCCUGCUACGAACUCUUCCAAGAGCAAAAGGAGAAAGGCUAUGGAAGCAUGCGUCUGUUUGAAGGGCUUAGACAUGAACAGCUCCUUUCUAAUGGGAGGAAUUUCUGUAGCAUCCAUCAGCUCCUGGCUGAUGAGGACAUGCGGAAGCAGAAUGACUACGUGCAGAAGUGCAUUGACCUGAACCGGAAACUCCUGAAGGAGGAGCUGGGGCUGACGGAAAAGGACAUCAUCGACAUCCCUCAGCUCUUCCGCUUGGAGCACCUGGUAAACGUUCCCUCCAGCCAGCAGAACAAGAAGCUCAUUGCCAAGCCCUACUUCCCCAACCUGCUGCAGAUCCUCGUGAUGGGCGACAGCCUGGGUAUCCCCAAGCCCUUUGGGCCCCAGAUUAACGAGAUCUGCUGCCUGGAACAGAGAGUCCGCCAGUUGCUGGAGCCCUUGGACUUCAAAUGUACCUUCAUCAAUGACUUUGACUGCUACAUGACAGAAAUCGGAGACCUCCGUGCCUGUGCCAACAUCCACCGGUCUCCCUUUGUCUUCAAGUGGUGGCAGAUGGUGCCCUAGACAGCUCGUCCUGGCAGGCCUGGCCCGUGCUGCCACACAGUAGUACGAGGCUAGUGUCCUGUUUGGGGAGGGUGGAGCUAGAGACUCCAGCCUCCCCUCCCUGCCCGUCUGUCAGUAGCCAGCUGGAUGGCAAAGGCUGCCCUCUUGAAGCCCUUUGGGAAGAGGUGGAGAACUUCCCCUUGCUAUUUUAGCAGUAGUACACAUGGCCAUUAAAGUUGUGGGUUGUGAAUGCACUGAGGAGCUGGCUUCCUCGUCUGUGGGAUGGGGUGACAGCCCAGGGACAAUGGACCGAGCAGCUGGGACACCUGUGGCC